AUGGGCCACGAAGCUAUCAUCAACGGCACGAAGUCCAAGGAAGUAUUCGACCCACAACUCAAUCACCAAGUGUCAGAGGACGAGAGAAAGGCAAUCAUUGACAUGUACCUCGAAGACGCCGCAUUCGCUGCCGAUGUGAAGGCGACGAAAGAUUGGUGGAGCUCUCCCCGGUGGUCGUCAACGAAGCGACCAUACACGGCCGAGGAGAUUUGCUCAAAGAGAGGGAACCUCAAGAUCGAGUAUCCAAGCAAUGCCAUGAGCAAAAAGCUUUGGGAAAUCCUCGAGGAGCGCUGGAUGAACAAAACCGUCAGCUUCACCUUCGGCUGCAUGGACCCGGUGCAGGUGACGCAGAUGGCAAAGUACCUCGACACGGUCUACGUCUCUGGCUGGCAGUGCUCCGCAACUGCCUCCUCCACCAACGAGCCCGGUCCCGACCUCGCCGACUACCCAAUGGACACCGUCCCCCGCAAAGUCGACCACCUCUUCAAAGCCCAACUCUUCCACGACCGCAAGCAGCGCCAAGCCCGCCUCACCACCUGUCCCCCCUCCGCGCGCAGCUCCGCCGCCCCCAACACCGACUUCCUCCGCCCCAUCAUCGCCGACGCCGACACGGGCCACGGCGGCAUCACCGCGACGAUGAAGCUGACCAAGCUCUUCAUCGAGGCCGGCGCGGCGGGCAUCCACGUCGAGGACCAGGCUGCCGGCACGAAGAAGUGCGGGCACAUGGGCGGGAAAGUCAUGGUGCCGGUGCGCGAGCACGUGAAUCGGCUGGUUGCGUGCCGGGCGCAGGCGGAUGUGAUGGGGACGGAGUUGGUGGUGGUGGGGAGGACGGAUGCGGAGGCUGCGACGCUGAUUACGUCGACGGUUGAUAGGCGGGAUCAUGAGUUUGUGUUGGGGGCGACGAAGGAGGGGUUGGAGCCGUUGGUGGAUGUGUUGCAGGCGGCGGCGGCGGUGGGGAGGGAGGGGGGUGUGGGUGCGGGGGUGGAUCUGGCGGCUGUUGAGGAGCGGUGGUUGGAGGAGGCGGAGUUGAAGAUGUUUCAUGAGGCGGUUGUUGCUGCGAUUCGGGGUGGCUCGUACGCUGACAAGGAUGAGUUGGUUGACCAGUAUCUGCAGUCCGCUAGGGGGAAGUCGAACCAAGAAUGCCGCGCUCUGGCAAAGGGGCUGCUGGGCCAGGACGUCUAUUUUGACUGGGAAGCACCUCGAACGCUAGAAGGGUACUAUCGGUACCAGGGAGGAUGCGAGUGUGCCAUUGCCAGGGCUGUUGAGUUCGCCCCUUAUUCUGAUCUCAUGUGGAUGGAAUCGAGAACGCCCGAGUACACGCAGGCGAAGCAGUUUGCCGAUGGGGUGCAUGCUUUUUGGCCUUCUCAGAAGCUUGCCUACAAUCUUUCUCCUUCGUUCAAUUGGAAGCGGUCCAUGCGUUCAGAGGAGCAAGAGACUUACAUCCACCGGCUGGGGCAGUUAGGCUACUGCUGGCAGUUUGUCACCCUUGCGGGGCUGCACUCCACCGCUUUGAUUACGGAUGAAUUUGCUCGGGAAUUUGCUGCUCGCGGCAUGCGCGCUUAUGGAGAGAUGAUUCAAGAGCCUGAAUUGGAAAGAGGAUGUGAGGUUGUGCGUCACCAGAAAUGGAGUGGGGCUAACUACAUUGAUUCGAUUCUGAAGAUGGUGUCUGGUGGCAUCACCAGCACUGCGGCUAUGGGAAGGGGCGUUACUGAGAUUCAAUUCACGUAG